AUGGCUGAAGCUGCUGCAUCUUCAGCUGAUGUAACUCAACCAAAAUCUCCAGCUAUAUCAUUUAUAAAUUUAAAUAAAGGAAAACCUCUACUCAUAACAGAUGAAUAUGUUUUCAAAUUGAAUAAAAUAAUAACUACUAAACCAAAACAAGCUAAAACAAUUACUCUUCAAAGUUGUAUAGAUAAUCUUGGUGAACGAUAUUAUGACGGUGCCAUAAAUGCUAUGGAAUAA